AUGUCAUUUGAACCGUACACUAUGACACCUCGAAUGCUUGACCAAUCUCAAGCAUCUUCCUCCUCUUCUGCUUCCCAUCUGAUGCACCAUCACCACCCUCAUAAUUAUCCAACUUAUACGAAUCCAUCAUCAACCUCUGUCCACAACAAUAUGGGCCAUCCUAACAUUUCGAAUAUUCCACCGUCCGCGGUUCGAGGGAUGGAUCCAUUCAAUCAACUGCCUCCUGAACUCUACGGUUCCACGUCAUCUUCAUCUGUAGCAGCUUCAUCAAGGCAACCUCCUCCUCAAAUCCCAAUGCAACCCCCUCAACCUCAACAGUAUAGGCCGAUGCAGUCUGAUUUGGGAGCUUCCACAUCGACGAUGCAUUCAGUGCAGCAGCCAAUUGAUAUUUAUGAUAACUUUGGAAAUAGUACAUCAGAUCCCCGGAGAAGCAGUGUACGAGGAGAUCCACGGAGGAAAGAAAUCUACGCGUACAAUGCUCCAUUCACAUUAUUUUCACAUGGUUGGAGUGCUGCAACAGAUCCGUCAAGGAAGUUUCGACUGGCAGUUUCAAGUUUUAUUGAAGAGUACUCGAAUAAAAUUCAUAUUGUGCAAUUGGAUGAAGAUGCUGGAGAAUUGGUGCAUCGAAGUACGUUCGAUCAUCCCUAUCCAGCUACAAAAAUAAUGUGGAUUCCUGAUCAAAAAGGAACAUUUCCUGAUUUGUUGGCUACCAGUGGUGACUAUUUACGGUUGUGGAGGAUUGGUACAGACAACAACGCUCGAAUCGAAUCUCUCCUGAACACAAAUCGAACUGCUGAAUACUGUGCUCCAUUGACAAGUUUUGAUUGGAAUGAGCUCGAUAUGAAUCUGAUUGGAACUAGCAGUAUUGAUACGACAUGUACAGUGUGGCAGCUUGAGACCGGUCAAGCGAUUGGAACCACUCGCCCCACUGCAGCUAUUGACGGCACAGUAAGAACACAACUGAUUGCUCAUGACAAAGAAGUGUUUGAUAUCUCGUUCUCUCGAGGAUCCUCUCAAAUUUUUGCUUCCGUUGGUGCUGAUGGAUCUCUACGUCUUUUUGAUUUACGUAGACUCGAACAUUCGACGAUAAUGUAUGAAGAUCCACAGAGACAACCACUUCUUAGAUUGGCGUGGAAUAGGAAUGAUCACAACUAUAUUGCCACGUUUGGUCAGGAUAGUAAAGAGGUACUAAUCCUCGACCUUCGACUACCUUGUACUCCAGUUGCUCGGUUACGGAAUCACGAAGCAACGAUAAAUGGCCUCUCGUGGGCUCCACAUUCUGGGUCACAUAUUUGUACGGCUGGAGAUGAUUUCCAAGCUCUGAUUUGGGAUGUUCAUGAGAUGCCGAAGCCGAUUAAUGAUCCAAUUCUGGCGUAUAGGGCGCAAGCUGAGGUCAACCAAAUCCAUUGGUCGUCUUCAUUCCCUGAUUGGAUAUCAAUUUGUUCAGAUAACAAACUUGAAAUUCUCCGAGUGUAA